UGAUCCAUCCAAGCUUGCCCUGAAGCUCUAUAAAUGGCGUACCGGUGCUCGUCACUCGCCGAACCAGCAGUACAAGAAGCACAAGAAAAAACACUUGUAGCCAUCAACUUCUUCUUCUUCUUCUUCACCGUCAUCAACUCAUCAUCAGCUCAGACCGUGAGUGGAAUCCCUUGACUGCAAAUAAAGCAUCGAUCGAUCCGCAGCUAGCUAGCGACCGAAGAAGAAGAAGAUGAGCUCCUCCGCGGAAGCAGCUGAUCAGUGCGGCGGCGGCAAGACGUCGUGGCCGGAGGUGGUGGGGAUGAGCAUAGAGGAGGCCAAGAAGGUGAUCCUCAAAGACAAGCCCGACGCCGACAUCCACGUGCUGCCGGUCGGCACGCCGGUGACCAGGGAUUUCCGCCCCAACCGUGUCCGCAUCUUCGUCGGCACCGUCGCCCAGACGCCUCAUGUGGGCUAGCAGCUCUGCCCAUAGCUUUCUUGCUCACAACAUCAUGCGCGUUCCAAAUAAAGCCAUCCUAUGUAUGUAUGGAUGUGUGUUGUUACCCUAUGGAUCCAAUAAAUAAGGGAUGUAAAAGGUGAAUAAAGCAUCGAUUGUGUGUAGCCUUACAAGAA